CUCGGCGACCAGUGGCUCGGCGAAAUGGCGCAGCCACGCGCAGAGAUGGACAUCCCAGACGAUGUAAGCGGCAUGAAAGAACAAGAUACGAAGGGGUGGACUCAUCGACUCACUGCCUGUCUAUGUGAUCUGUGUGGAUCAGCUUGGCGACGACCAGACGUGCGCCACGUUUCAGUUUGUGAACGAGGACCACACGCUCGGCAACGUCGUCCGAUACAUGCUCAUGAAGAAGUGCGCCGAUAGAUGUGCAGAAACCAAUCCUCCCAAUCUCUUUUGUGUGUGUGUGCAGCCCCGACAUCGAGUUCGCAGGGUACUCGGUGCCUCACCCAACCGAGAACAUCAUGAACCUGCGUGUGCAGACGACCGAGCGGCCGGCGUCCUCUGUGCUGGCCGAGUCACUGACCAACCUGAUGGCGGUGUGUCUGCACGUCAAGCGCACCUACAGGAAGGCACUGAGGAUACACAGCAAAUACCAGCAGCAGCAGCAGCAGCAGGAGGGGGAGGGUGGGGGUGCGUCUGCUGCUGCUGCCGCUGCUGCGGGGGGAGGGAGCAGUUCUUAGCGGGAAGGUGGCUGUCGAUUGUUUCCAUCGUGAAUGCAACACGCAGCCAGGCGGACAGACCAGCUCCAUUGGAUCUGCCCGCGUGCCUGCAUGGCGCAUGCAUGAGCAAGGGAGCAACUGAUGCCGGCAAAC